AUGAAGCCUACGCGUUCUAGGAGCAGGAAAGCUCUCACUAUUGGGGCUGAGCAGAGUAAUGCAGCUCAGCAAGAAGAUAUUUCUGAAGGGCAGGAGUCCCCAAGGACCCAGCCCGCAAACGAAGAAGUCAUAACUCGUAUGGCCGAAUUUGUGACCGAAAACCCUAACAUUUUCGAGGAGUUAGAGAGGUAUCUUAAGAGACAAGGCAAGCAAAAGGCCGAGUCCUCUAAAAGGAAGUCGGAUGGAUCCCCUGAAGUUUCGUCCGAAGAAGAAUCCGACGGGAGACGCUUGAGUCGAAGUGCUUCGAAGAAAGCAUUCUCCAAGGCCACUUCUAAGGUAGCCUCCCUGACCAGGUCUUUGUCAAGAGGGCUCUUGAGCCGACGACCUGAGGAACCUCGACCCUUGGAGAGAGCUGUGGUGGAUUACCAGAGGGCUCCACCCUUCACGGAUGACAUCAACGAGGAGAGGCUUCCUCCCAACUUCAAGCUCCCCUCGAUACCGUCUUACGACGGCCGAGGUGAUCCUGAAUACCACAAUCAUGCCUUCAUCUCGGCCUUCCGCAUAUACUGCAUCCCUGACCCCAUCAUAUGCUGGGCUUUUCCGGUAUUCCUCCAGGGGACAGUUCGAAAAUGGUUCUGGGGUCUAGAACCUAGGAGCAUUUCAACCCUGGGGGAAUUAGUGGAGAAAUUUCUUCACCGUUUUGUCUCCUCCCGACCUACGACCAGGACCUCGGCUUAUCUGUUAAAUAUGCAACAGAACCCGGGAGAAUCACUUCGGUCGUAUGUCCAGAGGUUCCACGAAGAAAGCGUGCAGAUACCUAACUCUAAUGAGCAGGUCACCAUUGCCGCUUUCACCCAUGGGCUCGUUGCCGGGGUAUUCAACACGGGGAUCCACAAGAAGUAUCCCCGCUCACUCCACGAAUUGUGGUUGAAGGUCGAGAAGGGCAUCCAGGCCGAGGACCUCAACAGCAUGAAGAAGGAGGUUCAAGCCGCUCGUCCGAAGAUAGACCCCAGAAAGGGGAAAGAUCUUGGCCGAAGUGAAGUGGGCUCAGGGAGUGCCUUCCAAAGUCCUAACCGAGACCGCCGUAGUGUUUUCGACAGGAUUUCCAAGGGGAAGCCACUCAUCCCUGAGUCCGAGUUAACACCCCUGAACACCACCCGGUCCCGGGUGUUGUCUGUGAUGGAGCAGAACAACCUCGGGAAGGCCCCUCCCAAGAUGUUUGGCAGCAGGGAUAAGAGGAAUUCGAACAUCUACUGUCUGUAUCACCGGGAUACCGGGCACGAAACCGAGGACUGCAACGACCUCAAAAGGGAGAUCGAGAAUCUCAUCAGACAGGGACACCUGAAGCAGUUCAUCCGCCGAGGUGGAGGCCAAUCUCGUAAUGAGCCUCGACGUGACCACCGGGGUGAUCAACGCCGAGACGAAAGGCGGACGUCGAGAAGCAGUUGUAGGCCUCCGGAGGAUCCUAGGGAGACAAAAAGGCCUCCCCGAGACGGAUCUUCAGGUCACGGGUUAGGGUAUGGAUCCAACAUAACCGGGGUCAUCAAUACAAUUGCCGGAGGUCCAACGGGAGGGGACAGUCAGAACUCCCGGAAGAGGACCUACAGGCAAGCCAACCCGGAUCAGGCCGAGUCAAGUUCUCGCCUAUCCGAGGUGAUCUCCUACGGACCCGGUGAUCCUGUCCCAGCAGCCUCCAGUAGUCACGAGGCUUUGGUGAUUGAAGUGCUCACCAACAAUUAUAUUGUGAAGAAAGUCUACAUUGACCCGGAAAGUUCGGUGGACGUCAUGUACCUCCGCAAGUUUGAUAACCUCAAACUAGCUAGGGAAAGCAUGACCCCGGUAAGAACCUCCUUGAUAGGGUUCGGGGGGCACGUUGUGCAUCCCGAAGGGAUGGUGACUUUGACAGUGACCUGGGGCAUCACCCCCGGUGUCGAACCAUCCCAGUCAAUUUCGUGGUGGUUAGAGCUGACUCCCCGGGUCGCCGAGGUGAGCAGCGAUGUCUGCGCUGCCCGGGAGUGCUACCUCGCCACUUUACAAGCGGCCUCUCCAAUGGCCUCUGAUAGAAGGUGCGAGAAGAGGUCAGAUAUCCUGUCGAUAGAUUGCCUCGACCCUCAGCAAGCUGAGAAGUUCCCGAGGCUGGAGACGGGGGACGAGGUGGAAGAAGUCUCCUUGAGUCCCACAAAGCCAGAUCAGAUCGUCCGCAUCGGCAUCCGUCUACCUGGCCCAAUUAAGAAAGGGAUGGUGGAUCUCCUCAGAGAAUACCGUGACGUCUUCGCCUGGGCCGCAGAUGAGGUGCGUGGAGUCCCGCAUCACCUCAUGAUACAUGAGCUGAAUGUCGGCCCCCAAACCCAUCCGGUCAAGCAGAAAAGGAGGCACCUCGGCCUUGAGCGCAGCCGAGCUGUGGGAGAAGAAGUAGACAAGCUCCUACCCGCAAAAAUAAUCCGGGAGGUCCAGUAUCCGACCUGGUUAUCCAACCCGGUCAUGGUCAGGAAGGAUGCGGGGGCUUGGAGGAUGUGCGUCGACUUCACCGACCUCAAUAAGGCCUGCCCCAAAGACUGCUACCCAUUGCCCAAAGUCGACACCUUGGUGGACUCAGCAAUGGGUUAUGAGGUCCUUUGUUUCCUUGAUGCCUUCAAGGGGUAUCACCAGAUCGGAAUGAGUCCAGAGGACCAGGAGAAAACGGCCUUCUACACUGACCAAGGCACAUACUGUUACACCACCAUGCCCUUCGGGCUGAAGAACGCCGGGGCCACGUAUCAACGCCUGGUCAACUAG